AUGCCAAAUUGCGCUCAACUUAGUCCAGCCAAAGAUGAUACUCGUUUAGAGGUGGUCAUUGUCGGCGCUGGUCUUGCGGGUCUUGCUGCAGCGAUCUCGAUUUCUCUUUCAGGACACAAUAUCACCGUUUUGGAGUCGGCAAAAGAGCUACUUGAGGUUGGUGCUGGUCUACAAGUCACCCCCAACUGCACACGCAUCCUCCAAAAAUGGGAUCUCCCCGACAGACUCUGGCAAUCGGCCGCUGAACCCACGUCACUCGUCGUCCAUCGAUACUCCGGACGAACGCUCGCCAUAGAACCAGACUUCCAUAAGCAUAUCCGCAAGAAGUACGGCGCCCCGUUUAUCGAUCUCCAUCGUCGCUAUAACAAGGCGAAGGAACUAGGUGUCCAGUUUAAGCUCGGGGAUAGAGUAAAGGACAUUGACUUUAGCAUUUCCGAGGUGAGUACCGAGGCUGGGGCUAAGUACACCGGUGACUUGAUCGUUGCAGCGGACGGUCUCUGGUCAAAGUGCCGUUCCAGGUUUCUUGGGAGUGAGGACAAGCCCAUGCCCACUGGGGAUCUAGCAUACCGCGUUGUUCUGGAUGCGGAGGAUAUCGACGACCCUGAGCUGCGAGAGUGGGUUGAGCGCCCGACGGUGCAUUUCUGGAUCGGUCCGGGUGCUCAUGCUGUUGGAUAUUCUAUGCGUGGCGGACAAAUGUAUAAUGUUGUCCUUCUUGUCCCCGACGAUCUUCCAUCGGACGUUAGUCGACAGGCUGGUUCGGUGGAGGAGAUGCGAGAGUUGUUCAACAAUUGGGAUCCAAUCCUGGCAAGAUUUCUUAGUCAGGUUGACAAAGUCGACAAGUGGAAGCUGAUGCACAGAGAAGAGCUUGAUUCAUGGAUCAACGAUGAUUCAAAUCUCGUCUUUGUUGGUGAUGCCUGUCAUCCGAUGCUCCCCUACCUAGCCCAAGGUGCCAACUCCGCCGUGGAGGACGGCGCCGUUCUAGGCCUACUUCUCGGCCAUGUCAAGUCGAAGCAUCAACUACCAAAAGCCUUAUCCAUGUACGAAAGUCUGCGAAAAUCCCGUGGAGAAGCUAUCGUGAGAGAAACCUUUAAGCAGCGGGAAUCAUUCCAUAUGCCUGAUGGACCAGCUCAAGAGGUCCGCGAUCAGGUUUUCCUGUCUCAGCUCGGCGUUAAGGAACUUAAAGGCCCGUUCCCAAGCAGGUGGACUUGCCCGCAAGUUCAGCCCUGGCUUUAUAGGUAUGAUGCAUUUGAGGUUGUUGAAGAUACAGUGAAGCGUGAUCCUUUCACGAAAUAG